GAUCAGUUUCUGCUUUCAUCUGAACUGUGUUGCAUGCAAGAACAGUCUCAUAUUUUUCCAUGUAAAGACUAAUUGGAAACUAUGAAAAUCGAAUUGACAUUAGUAGAACUAGCAAAUUUAACAACCUUGCGAAUAAAAUAUGAUUAUUCGCAGCAUUAAAAACUGCUUAACAGUGUAUUCGACGUCGAAACAGGUUCAAAUAAAAAGUACGUGCCUAGCUUUAACGUACAGUUUAAUUGUGGUCACCGUGUGGGUAGCUUAUCUUGGGAGUUUAAAGCUUGACAUAAGGAAAAUCUACCAGAAAUCAUGUCCAGCUCAAGGGGCAAUUGUGUCAAAGGUCAAAGGGGUCUUGAGCACGGAAAACAUUCCUAAUUCGGAAUUUCAAAUUAAGAACAUGCGGAUCUAUAAAAGGGUUUGGGACAUAUCCGACAUUAUCGUCCCUGCCUAUGGGGGAGAUGGGCAGGAUGGGAGUUUUGUUGCCUUCACGAAUCUUCUGAUUACUCCGAAUCAAAGCAUGGGCGUGUGUGCAGAGGUGGAUUCAAAGGCUAGAUUUUGUGAGAGUGAUGCUGACUGUGUGCGAGGGAGAAAGUCAGUCUCAACAAACGGAGUUUUCACCGGAAAUUGCCACAAUUCCACCCAGAGUUGUGAAAUAUCGGCCUGGUGUCCAAGCGAAGAGACAAGACCUCCACUCAAGGGCAACAAGGCCCUUCUUGAAAAUGUUCAAGACUUUACGAUAAUGCUGAAGAAUUCUGUCGAAUUUCCUGCAUGUGGACCUGAUCUACAUCGCCGAAACAUUCUAGAGAACAUCACAAAAUCAUAUUUGUCACAAUGCAUCCACGACAUUGAGAAGGAUAGAUUUUGCCCAAUAUUCAGGUUGGGAGACAUCAUACAGUGGAGUGGCCACAACUUUUCUGAAGUUGCUGUAACGGGUGGAGUUUUCCGAGUCGAAGUGCGUUGGAAUUGUGAUUUCGAUUGGGGAUUCGAUAAUUUUUGCUUCCCAACAUAUCAGUUUUCACGGACGGAUGUAUCCACGACUAAAGUUUCCCCAGGAUGGAACUUUCGAAUGGCCACAUAUCAUGAAGACAAUAGACGAACUCUACAAAAAGUAUAUGGUCUCAAAAUUCUCGUAACGAUAGCAGGUGAAGGAAGACGGUUUGAUUUCUUGACUUUAAUCCUCACUCUUGGAGCUACAGUUGGACUGUUUGCGUUGGCACCCCUCGUGUGUGACCACUUGUUCCAGUUUUUAUGCUUAUUGAAAAAUUUUAAAUUAUGUGCAAAUUAUUUUGGAGAUUUUUCUAUCAAGUCGAAAUUUCAACCUUCAAGACCAGAAUCAACUCAAGUAGAAAUUGCAAUGAAGUUUGAAUACUCGUACAACAACGAUUCAUCUACUGAUGCUAAAGAUCAUGAUGUUAUUUAUUAACUGAUAAUAUUAUUCGUGCGCAAUUAAUAAAUCUUUAAUUAGGGUGUGGGCAAACACAUUAAUUUACCAGUUUCCUGCCUACUAAUUUAUUCUACAGACAAUUAUUUAUUAU